UCGUUUGUUUUCAAGCAAGUUAAAAAAAAAAACGAAAGGUGUGUCGGGUUUGUGCUGUCGGAAUUCCUUCUUUUAGAAUGCUCAGGUUACUCAUAUUGUCCGUAAUCUGCAUCACAAAUAUUUACUGUCUGGAGUGCUACAUCUGCGAGAGGCAAGACAACAAUAACGAAAAAUGUACUGCUACAAUCAACACCUGCGAUCCAGGACAGGAGCGUUGCCUCACAGAAGUACGCUGGGGAAGUACACCAUACUGGGCACCUACAGGCGAGAAGCAGUAUUACAUUUCUAAACAAUGUGCCACAGAAGAAAUGUGCAGGAACAUGACACAGAAGUACAAGUCACGUUGUGACCGCAUUUGGUAUAAUGACUGGGAAUGCUCUGAGUGCUGUACAGGUGAUCGGUGCAACUAUUAUGUCACGCUUGGAAGUAACAGCUUACAAACCAGCUUUUGGCUCUACCUGGUUCCAUCCAUGUUACUGCUUUUGACAGUGAGGAGACAGUGGUGACACUGAGUGGGAAUGGUAGUGCUGAGGAAAGAAUUGCCAUCCAAACUCCCUUUGUGGAUGCUAGGGUUGUUUCAGCAGAAAGCAUGUUCUACUGAAUGACAUGCUCUACUGAAUUAUCGUAAAAUGCCCUUUCAGGGGCUUUUACUGUGCACCCAACAUUGACACUCAGGCGGUCCACGGAAUAAGUGAACAGAUUGAGCCACCUUCGUGGUGUUAGCAUCCGACAGAAGUGUUACAAGGGACAAUCUAUAUACCUGAGCAGAGGUCAUCAUUUUUAAUGUUUACGAUUAUGUUUUAAGCAUGACCUACUAGGUCAUAACGACCAUGUUAUAAUCCGGCAACCUAUACGAGGAGCCCGUCAGCACGAUGGAAACAAGAUACGACUACCGUAGCAGACGGCAGCAACAGCUCCUAUGAAAACGCGUAGAAUGAAGAAGAUAAUCUACGUUAGAAAGAAGCAUCUCCUGUGGAACAUCCACCGAUCGUACAAAAAUAUUAAGGUAAGCCGAAGUACUACAAAGUAUUGUAGAAAUUGAGCGAGCAAUAACCAGGCCGAUGAGUAGCGCCACCACCGUAGCUUCCGAGUGCGGAGCUGGGAAGGGGAGCCUAUGACAUGGUCGUUAUAAUCUAGUAGGUGGUGGUUUUAUGUGACUGCUGAGCAGAUCACCUGCCCCAGGUGCCUUUUUAUGCAUGAAACAGGUUGUGUAUGUGUACAUAGUUUAGAUAAAUUAUCAUAAUCAGGAUCAGGCAUUGAGCAUUCAUCCAUCAUUAGUAUCAGCGUUCCCUGUUGAGUGCUCUGCACUGAUAAACAUGCUUCACAGUAUUGCGUUAUGGAUAAUUAGAACUGUGUGAUAUGAAUCAAUUGUAGCACAUGAAUGUACUAUGCAUUUAUUUUCUCCAUUAAUUAUUCAAGAACAUUGCUCUGUAUGGACCAUAUGUUUGGUUAAAUGACUAUUGUGUUUGUAGGUACAGUCAAACUCCUUUAUAGCGAACACCUUUUUAACGAAAAUACCACUACAGCAAAUUUUUUUUGCGGUCCCGCUGGAGCCUAUAGGUCCAAUAAUAGACAUCCUUUUUAACGAAAAUACCUUUACUGCGAAUUUUUUUUGCUGUCCCCUGAGUUUCGUUGUAAAGGAGUUUGACUGUAUUUGCAUUUGUUUUUGCAUUACUGAAUCUCUGUGCGAUGCGAUUGCUCCAACUUGGAUGUUUCAAUACCUCAUAUGAAUCUCGUAUAUGUUACUUUGGCCAGUGCCAGGCCAGGUUGGAGCCAGGCCAGUCGAGCAUUGUAAGGAACUCUAGCAAUGGGGCAACGUCCCAUUGCCCAUGCCCUUCCCUCUGAAUUUUUGUAACCGUCUCUACUGUACAGAUGCCUUCAUCCCCGUAAUCUCCUCCCACACUCUAACAAUGCGGCUUAGGAACUGCACCUCUGUCGUAAAAGACUGAAUGGACCCUUUCUACCCUCCGCGCUGUUGACCCAAAAUACGCGUAAACCCUUAGCACGUCAUAUCUAACCCUUUCAACGCCAGUGAUAAGGACGGUGACCAAACGUAGAACAGUCUCUGUUCGAAAUAUCGGUGGCUCUUCUUUUUGAGGCACUUCACUUCGUGUGACAUUGAUGUUGUAUUUUAUUGGCGUGCUACGUAAUCAUUUUGUGUUUCCCUGACGGGUGGAGUCGAUGUUCUGAAAGUAGGUGACCCAGUACCAGCUCCCGUGGUAUAGUGGUUAGGAUUAUCUAUCGCUCUCCAUGCAGAGACUGGGAGGUGACGCAGAUUCGAAUCCCCGCACCGGCUAUGCUGUCUGAUAUUUUCCCUGGGGUUUCCCGGCAGACUUUCGAAAUGAGUGUCGGCACCGUUCCCCCUGAAGUCGGCCCAGGACGUAUACUAACUAACCCCCCCCCCCCCCCUGUCCUCCUCUCCUUCCUACUGUCCUCUCCCCAUCUGUACGCCGCCCAUAGCCACAGUUGCUUCACGGUGCUAAUGCAGAAUCUUAAAAAAAUGUGUCGACUUCUGCUGUAAAGAUAGAGGUCCAUGUGUUACGUAUAAUCUUGCGUAAUUUAGGGAGAUCUGGUGCUGCUUCAAGAUCUGAUUCAUUCUCGUUGGCAUUUUAAACGUGUAGAUAUUUUGUACAUGCGCACGCAGAAGUGUUCCGUAAUGUGUGCUUUUGAAGGAUGUAUUUAUGUCUGACAGUAAGUCUGAAAGGAGGUGUGUAUUAUAUUGCUCAUUUGCUCAGAAAAUUUUGUGUACUGUACAUUCCUAAGAGGUGUAGGCCACUCAUCAUUGCAUCAGUGCAGUGUUUCCGUCCCUGAAAUUUUUCACAUUUGACCUUUUUGGUCCUUGUGUGCCGUCCAUUUACAAAUGUUUUUAGAGUCCAAGAGACCAUGUCUUUUAUGAGCUAAUAAAUUUGCACUAACUCAGGU